CAUUCGUUAAACAUGCUGGGAAAUGAAAGGUCGGAGAGUAAAUACCAAUAUUAUAAACUAAGCUCUCCGUUUGCUUUCGUGAAGUUUGACAUCACAGUAAAAAAUGACUUUCGAACAUGGGGUGUCGUUUUGGCUCAUAUUGGACUUCAGAAAAAUCGACUUCUAGUAAAUCAACACAUGUUUACUACCUUUAUGGAUGAAGGUUCUUCAAUAUCACCAACUGCCUGGAAUGAAACAUUUAGAUUUAUUGUCGAAAAAAAAGAAUUAAAAAAAUUGGAUGAACUAAUGUUCGAUAUACGUUUACUUUCAUUUGACAAAACAGAUUUUCAAACAAGAGACGAACUGAAAUCUAUCAGCCUAGAGAAAUUAACUGAGCCGGCGUUCGACGUAAACUUUAGCCAUGCCAAAAUAGAAUUUGAUGUUAUUAGCAACCCGCAUACAGAUGUCAAAUUUAGAAAUAUUAACCAGUUAUGUCGUAAAGAGGAAAUAUUUAUAGAAAAAAGGAGGGAACGAGUGUUUAUCAAUUUGAAGAGACGAUUUGGGCUCCACAAUCUUUCAGAGGAAAAAGAUACCCCAAACAUUGCAAUCAUUGGAUCUGGUGGUGGUUUGCGUGCUGUGAUUGGAAUGUCUGCCGCUAUGACUGCACUUAAGGAAAGAGGAAUUUUAGAUUCUACAAUGUACACCGCUGGCUUAUCUGGAUCUGCAUGGUAUCUUAUGUCUUUGUAUUCUUGUAAACGGUCAAACGCAGCAGAAUUAAAUACAAAACUUCGGGAAGUAGUGCCAAAAAUUCGUUCAAAUGUGUUUUUGUAUGCAUGGUAUACUUGGAAGUAUUAUACAAACUGGGUACUUCAUUUCAAAAAUAAGAAUAUAACUGUUGCAGAUCCAUUUGGAUAUAUUAUUAGUUCUUUUCUUCUUCAAAAGAAUGUCCCUUGGAGUGAACAGGCAAAAAAACUGAAAAACGGUUCCAUGCCUUUACCGUUGAUAGCUGCUCUGCAUGUUCGUGAAGAGAAAUCAAUUGAAGAUUAUCAUGAAUGGAUUGAAUUUUCACCAUAUGAGGUAUUCAUCCCGAAAUAUGGCGCUGCUAUUGACAUGGAGAAAUUCGGUGAUACAUUUUAUGGAGGAUUUGCUAUGGAGGAAGGCGAAGAAAAGACAAUACAUUUUUUAAAUGGAAUGUGUGGGAGUGGGUAUGCAGUUCUAAGAAAUUUAAGACCAGCAGGAAUGUGUGUUAAUGAGACGAAAAUAGCAGAAAAUAUUAUGCAAGCAGAGAAUCCAUGGAACCUUUGCAGAUUAGUAUACAGUUCUGUCAAGGAUAUGAUGCGGCCCAUGUUCAGCGAGUUUGAUAAAAAGUUUGUUGGAAAAGUUCCUAAUUGGUUACGUGGAAUAUCAGUGGAUGAACCACUUUUCCAUGGACCAGAUUCAAAAACUGACCUCAUUGACUUUAAAGAAGAUUUCAUGAUGCUAGUUGACGCCGGUCUGGCAUUCAAUUCACCAUAUCCAACGGUACUGCAUCCUUCAAGAAAAGUGGAUGUCAUUCUGUCAUUCGAUUUCAGCUACCGUGGUUCAGAUAGUGAAUGGCCGUUUCGGCAAUUAGAAAAAGCGGAAGAAUGGGCACGAAAAAGAUGUAUUCCUUUCCCUAAUUUAAAGCUAGAUACGAUAAAGGAAAAAUGCAAAGGUGGAAAUUAUGAAGAAGUAUACGUCUUCAAAGAGGAUGAUUCGCCAAUCAUAGUCCAUUUUGUCAUGAUAAACAAAUCGUUUCGAAAACUUGGUGAUAGCAAACAUGAUUUUGAUAUACAUUCCAAUUAUCACACAAUGAGAUUAAACUAUUCCGAAGAAGAAUUCAAUAAAUUAAAUUCCUUGGUUCAACACAAUGUUCUAGAAAACGAAAAGAAGAUAGUCGAUUGCAUUUCGGAAGCAAUUCACCGAAAGCAAAAUAAUUAAAUAAACUGACUGUGAAAGGAAUGAAUGUAAAAAAAAAUCAUAAAUGAAGUGUCCAGUUAUUGUCAUUAAUCCGCUCGGAA